CGUAGUGCAGGGCCACUCGCUGGGCUCUGUCCGUUUUCAAGCUGAGCAGGGGCUUGGAUAUAACACUCCCUCCACGGCGGCACGAUUUUGCUCUGGCUCGGCUGAAGUUUUCCCACAGAUAAGAGGGAAAGGGGUGGGGAAGAAAGAUUGCCCCGAGGACACCUCUUUCUUGCAGGACAUGGAGAACAGGCCAGCAGAGACCAACUCAGAGGUGGACAAGUCGGCAUCACCCUCAGUGGCUCAGCUAGCAGGGAAAUUCAAGGAGCAAGCAGCCAAUAUCACUGGAAAAGAGGUGCCACCACAUAAGCCAACUCGGAGGAAACCACCAUGCUCCCUUCCAUUGUAUUCCCACAAAACUGAGACAAGUGACAAUGAUGAGCAAAAGCGGUCUCCAAAUGCUUGCCCCCUUCCCAAGGUCAAGGUGAAAAGCUCUCCCAUGAUUGAAAAGCUGCAGGCCAAUCUGGCUUUUUCUCCAGCUGCUCUGCUGCCGGGAGUGUCUCCCAAAAGCCCUGGUCUGAAAGCCCUGGUUUCUCCAUUCAGCACACCUCCCUCGACACCCACCAGCCCAGGGACUCAGACCCAGCCCAGCGAGGCGAGUGAGACGCCAGUCAGCUUUGAUCAGCCCCCGGAAGGCACCCAGCUGCAGUUCUACAACAAGGUGCGGACGCGAGGAUCGAUCAAGCGCAGGCCACCCUCCAGGAGGUUCCGAAGAUCUCUGUCCGAGUACGGAGACAGGGAAGAUUUAGGGCUCAACAUCUCCUCUCCAGAAAAUGGUGCCAGGGAAGAUGAGGUCUUUAGGCCCAAUGACAAGACAGAGGAGGCAGAAACAGGGAGCAAAGAGCAAAAGAAACAGGCAGGGUCUGAUGAGAAGCCCCCAUCAAGGAGAGGAUCCAGCAGGUCAGAGGAUGAAUUUAAAGGGAGCAAAGAGCAAAAGGAAGAGUCAGGGUCUGAUGAGAAACCUCCAUUAAGGAGAGGAUCCAGCAGGUCAGAAGAUGAAGAAAAAGGGGAUAAACAGGCAGAGGAAAUGAAUCCUUGCAAGAGUAACAAAGGGAAUACAAAGGAGGAGGAAGUGUGUCAUGAUGCCCCAGGGAAGGAGAGCUCUGCCCAGCCUACCUCUGGAAACAAGGAUGUGUGUGAGGGUCCCAAGGGAGAAGAGCAGCAAGGCACUGCCAGUGAACAGGAAAAGGGGGACAAGGAGAAGGGAGAAGCUGAAGCUGAAGCAAAGGAAAGCAGUGAGAGCACAGACACACAGAGAACAUCAGACACUGAAGAAACACCACUGGCACCUGAAUCACUGCAGGAUGCAGUGGGAUUAGAGACUGGCAGUGAGGCUUCACCAUCAGCCACGCAGGAGCAGGGCACAGCGUAACCCUGACACACAGGACAUACCCAAUCAGGGUAGAGGAGACAUAACAAGUGAAUAGGAGCCAUCUAACCCAAUCAAGGUGGAAGCUACUGGAAAACCUUCAGUGGCAGGAGAGGAGCAGAGCACAGAUAUCCCCUGAGGUCCAGACUCCUCACAGAGCUGAGCGGCUCCUUGCUGUCUCUCUGCUCUGCACCAUCAUAUUUUGGGACAGCUGGAACAAGAGACUGGUUUGCAAUCUCUUCAGAGUUCGAAACUCAGGUGUGUUGGCUGAUGUUCCUCAGCGACAUUUGGGGACUGAGAGACCUGAUACUUGCUGUCCCAGAACCAACAACCAUCACCACUCCUGGUCCUUCUGCUCCUUCAUCCUACUCCAAAAUGUCUUUUUCUUCUCCCCUGCAUUGGUCUUAGACGAAGUUCAUCAGCUACAAACACACAUGUAAUGGUGCCUUUCUCAUAGCUUCUUUUGAAAUACUUUGGGUUUUUAAACUUCAGUAAAUAAGGUUUUAACAGUAGGAAACAGUAUGUUUUCUCCAUAUGUGCUCUGUGGCAGACAAUGUGAACCCUGAACACAGGGAAAACUCUUAAGACAUUGAUUAUACAACAUAAAAUCCCUCUGAAGUGGGUCUUGAACUGGCUGGUCUGUGAAACAGCCAGCAGGGGCAGGCUGGUAGGUUCUGUGUGCUUCAAAUUUGGGGUGUUUUUAGUGCUGGUGGAAAAGUGACAACGAGCAGAUUGGAUGCAAAGAAAAGAUGUGCUGAGUAGGUCAACAGGGCAAGUUUUUUAUCUGGCUCUGGGCUCCAGUCCAGAUUUAGAAGGCCUGCCUGUCCAUCAGUCUUUCCCACUUCCAGACCCUAUCCAGUCUUUUUUUGAAACUUUUAGAGUAUGGCCACCGAGAGCCACUCAGGAUAGAAACCAUCCUGGCUUACAGGAAACAGCCUAUUAAUUUUGGGCAGGUCAAAGAAGUCUUAGCUGGCUGAGUUUCCAGUUGUAUGGCCUGACUGACUGAAUUGCUGAAGGUCAGACAGCCAGUCCCUCCUCAAUACUUAGGCACUGUACUGGAUUUGCAUUCACCCCUGGGGUACUAGUUAAAGUCAUGGGCGAGCAGUUGCCAAAGAGAAAAGACUUACAUCUGGAGACUACUGGUUGCCUGUAAGAAAUAAGUUAUUUGGGGAAAGAUAGAUAACAGACCCUCACUUGACCAGUUUCCUGACAGCAGUGCUUGAAGCUGAAUAAAAAGCUGCCUUGGCUCAAGACCACGGGGGUCAUGUCCACAGCACAUUGUGGAGCUGUGGACAACUCUGGGCUCACUGGAGACAGAGAGCCAGACUUGCCAAAAGCUGAGCCGAGGUGUCAGCCAGCUGUUGGGUGGUGUGAACGGUCAGGGGCCAGUGCUUGAACCCCACCUGAGUACUCAGCAACACAGAAACAGCUGCAGAGACCGAGGGAAGAACCAGCCAUCCCAAAGCUCCUCCUAGCAAACGUUAAGCUGAGCAGGGUCAGAGGUUUGGGUUGUCCCCGUCUCUCUGGACACGCACAAGUGUUUCACACAGCACAGCUCCCUUCUGCCCUCAGGCGGGCUCUGCGACACAGCAGAGUUACAAACCGGGGGGGUCUGUGGGAUACUCCCUUUGUGUUCACCAGCUCUAAAAUCGUGAGAAAAGGAGAGGCUCUGUGCCCUGCCUUUCUUUUUCCCAGGUAAGAGCUCUGAGGUGACAUUUGCUGAGAGCCAGCGGCUCUGACCCUCCUGUGUGACGUGGGCUUGUUGGCAAACACAACCUCCACAUCCUUUUGAGCCAUGCCGUGGAGCAUUGUUGCCUUUGAAUCCAUUGUAAUCUGUUUGUUAUAGCUUGUAUUCCAGGGCAGGCUGCAAUCAUUCACUGUACUCCGUUUCUUCUCCCAGCAGAGUGUCCCAUCUGUAUGUGAGCGACUGUGCCUUACUGUGUAUACAGACAUAUGUGUGUCUGUUUAAAGAAUGUGUGUGUGUGUCUCCCCAGCACGGGAAUGGAAAUCCGAGGGAGAAACAGAAGAAUAAAUGGUGGAAUAAAAG